UUUUAUUAUAAUUAUUCUUUUUUUUUUUACAAACAUUACCAGUGUAUUUUAAUAAUAUCGAGAUUUAUGAGGGUUUAGUGUAGAUAAGUAUGACGAAUCACUUGGAAUGUCCUUCAUAAAUAACAUAGAGAACUUUGGAAAACUCCAAAUAUGAGCCGAAAAUUGUUGGCCAACCACGACUAUUCCUUUGUUUUUAUUUAAAAGGAAAGUCACGUUUUAGUUUCAUACUUCAAGUUAUCAGAGUUGCUUUGUGGCCAGUAUAUACAUUUGAGAAUACGUCGCUGUAUAGAGAAACUUCUUUUUUAAUGUUUACAUUUUUUAUACUAUUUACAAAGCGGAUACGGUUCCGUGUUCAGGAAAAGGUUUUGGUUGGCCGUCAUAUUCUUCUCGCACAUGUGAUUUUGUAAACAUGAGUCGCUCCUCGACUUUUCACAUCUUUUGCUAGAGCUCCUUAAACAAAUGAGUUGUAACUUUGAACAUGUAAAUGUGAGCGGCUACUGAGGACCAUAAUGAAGACUCUCAGACAACUUUCAGUGGAUCCUUCAGACCUGGGCUCUCAGAGAUGCAGACUGGGUCCAGGAUUGAUGUCAGACCUGGGUCUGAAUCUGGGUUCCCCGGUGCUGGUGUCUGUCCCUGGAGGAAGCUGCCUGUGCUCUGCCUGGCCGCGGUCCGAUCUGGCAGAGGGUUUCCUGCAGAUGGACCUGAAGUGUUCCUCUCCCAGUGUGAUGCUUCAUCCUCACUCCCAUCUUCACCUGGAGCCUGGUCAGCUCACACCGGUGUCCUGUCCCAAACUCAAAGGCGUUAAAAUAACUGUGGUGGUGCAGAGUGUGGACUUCAAAAAAUACACACCCUCCCGCAUUAUUCACGAACAUGUGAAAGACGUGCUGAAGGGUGUUUACGUCCAUGAGAAGCAUGUGAUAAAUCUGGAGGAUUUUGACACAGAGAUCAGAUUUGUUAUUAUCGAAAGCCUUAAUCCAGAUUGCACCAGUACUGGACUCAUCACCUCAAAAACUGGCGUGGAGAUAUGUGGGAUCCAGACGGUGCGGCAUUUCAGGAGUCAUUUGCAGGACAGACCCCAAGUGACACUGGGGGGUUUGGAGGAGGUGAGUGCCUCCAUGAGAGAAAUGCUCCAGUUGCCUCUUCUCUAUCCAAACACACUGAACUCUCUGGGUGUCUCAUGUCCCAGGGGUGUACUCCUGGUGGGACCCCCAGGUGUGGGAAAGACACUACUGGUCCACAAAGUUGUGGGAGAAGUGGGAGCUAGCCUAGUGGUGGUCAAAGGACCAGAGGUGGUGGGUUCUCGGCCGGGUGAGAGUGAGGAAAAGCUACGUGCCGUGUUUAAGCGUGCUCGAUCUGAGGCGGUAGAAGGUCCUUGUGUGCUGUUCCUGGACGAGCUGGACUCUCUGUGUCCACGGAGAACGGGCUCUUCAUCACCUGAAAACCGCCUGGUCGCUCAGCUCCUCACUCUGAUGGACGGGAUGGACCAGUCGGAUCGAUUUCUCAUGGUGGGAGCCACCAACAGACCAGACAGUUUGGACUCAGCACUGCGCAGGCCGGGAAGAUUUGACAGAGAGGUUAUUAUUGGAGCUCCUACCCUGCAGCAGAGAAAAUCCAUCCUGUCGGUUCUUUGUGCAACCGUGCCAGUGUGUCCCAGUGUGGACAUGACAGAGCUGGCACAGAGGACUUCAGGCUACGUAGGUGCAGAUCUCAGUGCUCUUUGCAGGGAGGCUGCCAUGAAUGCUAUCAGAGAAAACUCAAAGGGAUCAGGAGUGAAGCUGGUGAGUAUGCAUCACUUCCAGGAAGCACUGAAGGUGGUCCGUCCCUCUUGUCUCCGGAGCAGCCUGGGCAGGACGGAGCUGUCUCCAGUGUCCUGGGAGCAGAUUGGAGGUCUGGAUGAUGUCAAACUCAAACUGAGACAGAGUAUCGAGUGGCCAAUGAUAUACCCUGAAGCGUUUAUACGUCUCGGUCUUAACUGUCCCCGCGGUGUCCUGCUCUACGGACCCCCGGGAUGUGCAAAGACGACGCUCGUCAGAGCGGCAGCCUCAUCCUCCCACUGCUCCUUCCUUUCUGUGAGCGGUGCUGACCUCUACUCUCCUUAUGUGGGAGACUCUGAGAAGGCUUUAGCACAGCUGUUUCGUCAGGCAAGAGCCUGCGCUCCUUGCAUUCUGUUCCUGGAUGAGAUUGAUUCCCUGAUCGGCUCGCGGUCAACGGGUCAGACUUCCAACAGUGUACACACGCGUCUCCUGUCUGUCCUCCUGAAUGAGAUGGAUGGUGUUGGCUUGAAGACACUGGAAAGAAGAGGGAAUGAGAAGAUCCUGCAGGCGGAGGGAGUGGAAGAGAAUCAUACACAUGAAAAGCUUGACUGCCAGGAAGUCUCCAAUAAAGAUGUGAUGGUAGUCGCUGCCACAAACAGACCUGACAGCUUGGACAGCGCCCUCCUCAGACCAGGAAGAUUAGACCACAUCAUAUAUGUCCCACCCCCUGACAAGCAGGCUCGACAUGCCAUCCUGAAGGCGUGUACUCAUUCCAUGCCACUGGCUGCCGAUGUGAAUCUGGAGGAGCUAGCAGCCCAGACGGGGCUUUAUUCUGGGGCCGAUCUGGGAAACCUGUGUAAAGAGGCUGCUCUGUUGGCUCUACAGUGUGAGAACAUGGAAGCCUCUGUCAUCAAACACACUUAUUUCCUGCAGUCCCUACACAAAAUGAGCCCCUCACUCACAGCCCAGCAGAUCCACACAUAUCAAACACCACUUAGGUGACAAAGCACUGUUUGGUCUAAGAAACCAUUGUAAAAUAAAACAUUUUUACAGAAAGUCAAACAUGUGUCUUGAUUUU